AUGAGCAGGCUGCCUCAUCAAGUGCAGGGCAUUUUAGUUGCUCAAAAACAAGCUUCUCUGGAAGAUCUUGGGGAUUUAGCUGACACACUUCAUGAAAUUAAUCCCCAAUUAACAUCAGCAUACAAGUUAGCUAAAAAAACAUCUAACUAUUCACUUCCGUCAACAUCUCAAAAAGAUAUGUCAUUAGAUUCCGAUGUCAUAAUGACGCCAGCAACAAAAAAGGCUAAAACAAUAAAUGACUUUUUUCAUGUGAAGGAAGAAGAUGACUUAGAUACUAUACUUGCGAAAAUGACAGCAGUAGAUGGUGUACCAUUUAAAAUAUUCUGUUCUUCGGAAUCAAUGAGAAAGCUAUUUGGAAAAGCUGCUUACAAAGAUUUGCCUAAAUCACCAAAUACAAUAAAGAAAAAGGUUCUGAAUAAAAGUGAGCUACUGAAAAAAGAAGUAAAAAAGGAGCUUAAUGAUAUUAAGACAGCAGGAAAACAAUUGGCUAUAAGCCUAGAUGAAUGGACAAGUGCACGUAAUCGCAGAUAUGUGAACGUAAAUGUUCAUUCACCAGAGCUUUCUGAAGGUAUUAGAAACUUGGGACUGACGAAAAUAAGGGGCCGUGGAACAUCAGAGAACUGUUAUAAUAUAUUGAACAAAAAAUUGUGCGCUGUCCUGGACGUGCUAUACAAAGCUGAUAACACAGAAGGUAACACCGGCAUCACUGUUAACAGACCUUGCGAUAGCUCUGACUCUGAGGACGAAAGUGAUAUAGAGAACGAAGAUAAAAAUCGUUUUGUCACCGAAGCUUACCCCAGUGGGGUCAUUCCCAAGCUGGUUUAUAAAGAAUUGAUAACUAAAGUCCGGAAAAUAGUAAAAUUUCUCAAAGGUUCGCCUACUCGCAUGGAUAUACUCAAUUCUUACCUGGAGUCCAAAUCUAAAGACACGACACUGAUCCUCGAUUGCAAGACUCGUUGGAGCAGCCUUGCUGAUAUGAUAGCAAGAUUUCUAGAAUUCAAAGACGCAAUUCAAAAGACAUUAAUUGAUCUCAAAGAGAAGACUACCUUUUCAGAUACUGAAAUAUUAAUUUUGAAAGAUAUGUCUAGUUCUCUCAAUUUCAUAAAGGCCAUAGUUGAAGAACUUUGCGAGCGAAAAUCAAACUUACUAAUCGCAGAAAUUGCACUUCAAUUCAUGAUGGAAAAAUUGGCGAUGAAUCCAGACGUUAUUAGUGGCCAGCUUAAAGAAGCUUUAAAUAGAAGAAUCUUGCAGAGGAGAACGCUACACUUGUAA